GCCUGCUGGGAAAUGUAGUUGACAGUGGGAGGCGAAGCGUCGUCUAUCACGCAUGCGCGGCGGCUGCCGGUGAAGGUUCCGGAAAGAGUGAGCGGCGGUGUCGCAGCUGAGGGAGCAGGUCACAUUUCCUAGGCAAUUACUGAUCAGACUUUGGUGUGGUGACAAUGUUGGUGGCAAGAUUCGCCUGCCUAAAGAACUUACCUGCACUGAGCCUGCGGCCUGUCCUCACCCAGCAAAGUCCAGCCUGGAGAAGUUGUAAUCUAAAGACUAGUCAAUGGCUUUUACUACCCAAGCAGAAUUAUGCCACCAAGUCACGUGUUGCUGUGCGCCGAGCAAAAACAAUGCGAGAGAAGAUGAAGGAAGCAAUUUUCAGCCCAUCACUGGAGACUGCAGCCAAAUUUGAUAACACUGGAAGAUUGUUCAUAGCUGGAGGAGCAGCUGUUGGUCUUGGGGCACUUUGUUACUAUGGACUGGGAAUGUCCAAUGAGAUUGGAGCCAUUGAGAAAGCUGUCAUCUGGCCACAGUAUGUGAAGGAGAGGAUUCAUUCCACGUACAUGUACUUUUCAGGAAGUGUGGGGUUAACAGCACUCUCAGCUGUGGCAAUCAGCAGAUCACCAGCAAUCAUGAAUCUGAUGAUGAGGAAUUCAUUUCUGGCAAUAGCAGCAACCUUUGCAGCAAUGAUCGGAGCAGGAAUGUUGGUGAGAUCGCUACCUUAUGAGAAAGGACUGAAUGCUAAGCACCUGGCCUGGAUGUUACAUGCAGGAGUGAUGGGAGCUGUAGUUGCUCCUGUGACCUUACUUGGUGGGCCUCUUCUGAUCAGAGCAGCCUGGUACACAGCAGGUAUUGUGGGAGGCCUCUCCACUGUUGCUAUGUGUGCCCCUAGUGAGAAGUUCCUGAACAUGGGUGGACCAUUGGCUGUUGGGCUGGGGUUGGUUUUUGCUUCCUCCAUAGGCUCCAUGUUCCUACCGCCCACCUCUGUAUUGGGUGCUGGUAUGUAUUCUGUGGCUGUCUAUGGAGGUCUAGUGCUCUUUGGAAUGUUCCUGCUGUAUGAUACCCAGACAGUGAUCAGACGGGCUGAGACCUACCCGGUUUAUGGCGUUCAGAAAUUUGAUCCCAUCAAUGCAUGUAUGGGGAUUUACAUGGACACAUUAAACAUCUUCAUUCGAGUAGCGACUAUACUGUCAAGUAGUGGUACAAGCAGAAGGAAGUGAUGGUGAUGACCGAAAUCGGACAACUUCCUGGGAAAUGUACCAAUUGUGUCAUCAUCACUGAACCACACCUAAUCAAAGGAGUUGAGCUUUUAAACCCUCUGCUGAGACAUCUAAUGCUUAUGGGACAUUAGGUUGACUUAGAGCAGCUUUGCAUCUCCUUUUUCCUCAGCAAAUAAAAUUGAAAUUAUAAUGGGAAUAUGUGGUCUCUGUUGUAAAAGUAAAUUACCUUGUGCAAUAGUAUCAUAAUAUUUGUGUAUUUUGCUGCAAAUUAAAAAUGUUCAAAGAAUCUGAUUCCAUUUUAAUAAAGUCUUCUGAGAUUUAAUUGUUACAUCA